AUGACAAGUUUAAAUCACUUCGUAAGAUAUGAUGAUAAAUUGCAUAACUUGCUGAUGAAUUAUACAAAUCAGACUAUUGAUCUUAACACCCGAGUUAAUCUACAAAAGAAAAUGCACUUUAAUAAAAGCGGAUUCUAACACUGCAGCUCAGAUAAAUUGAAGCUGUGUUCCAUGAUUUUAGGCUUUUAUAUGAAACUUGGAUAAUUUUACUAAUCUUUUUUCUUUAACUACUUGAAUUUUUUUACCAUUAUUGAUGAACUCUAAGUAGACGAAGACAUUUUGCGCAUCGAAAUCAAUACAAAUUGCUUUGAUGUUACUCUUACAGAUUUGCUUUCUUAAGCUACAUCUAGGAACUAUUUAGAGCUAGAUAUUGGAAAUAGAUAUUACAAUCUAGUCAAACUUUACCUAUCAACUGCUUAUUAUUAUGAUUUGUAUCCACAUUUAUUUAAGUUCUAUAAGCUCAGAGAGAUUUAUUCAUAUAUCAAAGUUGAAUCAAUUACUAAUUCAACUGUGUAAUUCUCAGUUUCUAGUCUACGAUUGGUUUAAUGGAAUCAAACAUAUAAAAUGUUCAAUAACUUGACUGUAGACAAUGAGACUCAAAGAUUAAUCAUGUAAAAAAGUCUAGACCUUGUACAAGAAAAUCUAAAUGUAUUCUUCUUGCAAAAUGUUUACACUCUGAAAUCAGUUAUGGCAGAAGGUAGCUGGUUUGCUUUCUAAGUAAUGAUCUCAAAUAUGAGAAUAUUAAAACUGAUUAAGAGAUUGCCAAGGAAUGCAACCAAUAAUAUGUUCUAUAUGUAAACAAGAGCAUUUAUAGAAAAUAAAGUUUUUAAUCCUGAUGAGCUCUUAUUUUCAUCCACACUUAAGCAUAGAAAUCAAUGGUUUUGGACUUCGAUUAGAGGUUCAGACGACAAUGGAUGGGCGGCAUUAGCAUUACUCUAUGCUGCUGACAUAGACCUAGCUUUUAAAGAAAGCUAUCUUAAUUAUACUGGAUAGUAUUAUGAACUAGGUGUUAGACAAAUUCUAAAUAAAAUAAACGAAGUAUAUCGAGAUUAAAAUGGAAAUGUAUUUUGGCUUGAAUCAAGAGAUCCUUACUAUUCCUCUAUUUCUACCACACUUACAAUAAUUCUGAACUAAAGAAUGUACUUGCUGACAAAUGAGACUAAAUUCUUGAAUCAAAGCCUAUUUGAUUAUAAAUACAUCAUUGACAGACCUUAUCUUUUUAACCAUGAAAGUCUUCUAAUGGAUGGCUCUAAUUUAGAUUUAUCCUAUUUCGAUGAAUCAGUAUAUUCCUAUACUCAGGAAGUACCUAAAGUUAGGAAUAAGACAUGCAAAGAAUAUGAUAACUUAAAGGUCUAAUAAAAACUUAAUCAUCAUUGA